AUGAUCUGGAAGUGUUUCCGUAUCUGUCUGAGAAAGAUCGGCUCUGGGCUCAGGGGAAAGACAUCUUGCAGCUGGCAGCCGGUAGUAAAACUUGGCCACUUUGGGUUCAUGUUUAUGCAGCCAGAACCCAAGGGAGACGAACUGACGGCCACCGUGGGGGGUAAUGAGGUAAUCUUUCAGACCUUAUACGCCGAUAAAGCCAACAGUACACUCAUCAACCACAAGUCGAAUGCCAAGCUGAAGACGCUGCUCUUUGCGCUUUCUGACGCGGAUGAGCACACGAUCAUCGGGAUAGAUUCGUGUAAGGUGCAUCGCGGGAGUCUGACCCCGCCCCAUUUCGACCUGUACAGUACCACAUUGAAACGGGUGCAGGCUAUGGACAUUGGCCCUGCAGAAGGUGAUGUGCGCCUGUGCUUUCUCCGAGGCAGUCACACGGCGCGAGAGGCGUAG